GAUCAUUAAAGAUAGCAUAAUCCUCCUUCCUUUUUCCCCUUACUAAUAAUUUAUAUAGCAGUUAGUUUUAUAAUACGAUCAUGUAUUCUUAGACUUGUAGAUUUAACAAAAACCCAAGGCUAUUAACAAAUUCAGUAUACUUCUCAAUCACGAAAGAUUUUUCAUAAGGAAACAAAGGGAUCAUAGCCAAGUCUGACAUACGCGUGCUUCAUGAUAAGAAACGAUAGGUGUCCGAUGUUCAUCUUUACGAAUCAAGAAGUCGAUUAUAAAUAUUUUGCGCUAACAGCGCGAUAAAACGUGAAACGAAAAUCGGAGCGGCAGAGUUUAAAUGAAAGCUCAAAUGCGGCAUCUUCUCAGUUCUUGUGCUAAAAAACAUAGUUUGCUACUACUAAACUAUCGAAUAACAGCGACAGAGGAAAGUGCAAUAUACGUUUGUUUUGUACUAAGAAUCGUUUGUUGAUUUACUUCAUGAAUUACAUUAUUAUAUAUUUUCAAUGUAUCUCGAGUUUCUGAAGAGAAUCUGUCUUUAGACAGAUGUAUCAAGAACUACUUAGUCUGAAUGAUCAUGGAUGUUGACUACACUGUAGUCAGUUUGAAACGAUCUAAUAGUGCACCCAUGAUCAAUAAGAUCACUGCAACAAUGUCUGUAACAUCACCUUCGGCUUCUGCGCCCAGGGAUGUUCCAUCAAAUUUUAACAUAUUCUCAAAUUCACCUUGUACAAGACGCUUCAGCACAAGUAAUUCUGGAACUGUUCCUAGGCUAACACCACGUGUAAGUCAAUUGAGGCAAGAAGAAUGUAUUGAUGUUGCUGGUCGUGAAGCAGCACAUGAAAAAGAAAUACACAGUGCCAUGCAGAUCUCUCAAUCUUGGGAAGACCUCACAAUAGAAGCAGAAGGAUUGUCCUUUAAAGACUCAGAAUCAACUUCAUUGCAGUUUAAAAUAGAAUCACAGCCAAUUGCUAAACGAAUUCUUGAUCCACUAAAUAUUAACUUAUCUGUAAGUGGCCCAACUACAUAUUCCUCACCAUCACCAACAAGAACUGGUUUUGGUCAGAGACAGUGUUAUUCACCUGGUGUUCAUCCAGCUACAUGGAAAAGUAAUUUAUCACCUAGUCCUACUAGAAAAGCAUUUGCAACAAGACGGAGCCUAAGUCCUAUUGCGAUACGACCAAGUUGUUUAACAUCAGUUAAGAGAAAAUUUGAAUUAGAUGACUCUGGAAUGGAUCAGUUACAACCUCCUGCAAAACGUAUUUCUGGUUUACUAACUUCAGCCGCAUCUAGAUUGGAUGUGGCAAUAUCUAGUCUACAUCCAGGAACUAUUAGUUCAAUUGGAACUCCAGAAUCUUGUUCCAGUCUUGAUACCCUUGGCUUUUCUUUUCGACCUGUGCAUAGUCCAUCUCCUGGUCUAGGUGCUCCUUCAAUUGUUAACGACGAUCCGUCUUCGUCUUCGUCUUCGUCUUCGUCUUCAUCUUCAUCUUCAUCUUCGUCUUCUUCUUCAUCUUUUUCUUCAUCUUCUUCUUCGUCUUCUUCUUCUACAUCUUCAUCUUCUUCGUCUUCCUCAUCUUCUUCCAUUACCUCUUCUUCUACCACUACUUUAUCAGAAAGAUCGUGCGUACAGAUCAAAACCUUUAAAGAAAUACAACAUAAACAGAUUACACGAGAAAAUAAUGAAUAAAAGGAAGCAUUUGAAAACAUUCUGAAUGAAGAAAAUGCAUCAUUGCGACAAAUUUAUUUUUGCGACCAGUUUCAUGUACUAAAUUUAUUUAUAGAUCAUUCUUUUAAUUGAUGUGUAUCUAUAUUCUGGUCAUAUCUAUUUAUUUUCACGCCGUGCAAAUUGUUCAAAUGUAUAUUAAUUGCAUCGCAAACGAUGCUUUCAUUUUUCUUAAGAUGCUUAUUAAUGUUAUCAUAUCGUCAGACGAAGUUGAAACAGUGAAAUACAUACAUAUACAGGAUGUUUUGUAGUAUGUGGAAUGUAGAGCAAGGAAUAAUUUUUUGUAAAAAAAAGUAAGUUGAAAAUGUUGAAAUUUCUUCAUCCAGAUCUUUGUUUCCGAGAAA